CACCUUUGUUGUAAAACUUAAUUAUUUAUUAUUAUGUACAGUUUAUCUUUUAUGAUAGGAUAUCGCAAAACUAACUUCUCUACAACAAACAGAUAUCUAUAAUAAGGUUAUAAUUAUCUCAUGGUGCGAUAACAUAGUGACUAAGUAUAAAGUACAAACACAGGGGAAGUACAGAUGUCGUUACAUUCGUAUAGAAAUAACUGUUGUGACACGUUUCGUUAUUAUUCAGUGGUGAAAUUUUGAUUAUUUCAAUUGAGAAAAGGUUCCCGACUCUUCAUUAUGGAUGGAGAUUGGAGGAAUCGUAAUAUUCGUGCAAAAGGAAUGGGUGAUGUUAGAAAUCGUGUUGGACCAUGUCGCGGUGUUAAUCAGGGCUUAAAUGUAAACGCCCAGGGACCUAAUAUUUUAAGAGCUCCAAAUGCGGGCCCCUCUCAUCAUGCUUUCAGAUUUCCCCAACAAACCGAAAAGGAUCCAUUUGAUUCUGAUGAUGAUGAGCCUCCAACAUCCCACCGUUCAUCUAGACCUUCUACAUCGAGACCAACCACGCCUAGUGCUUCGAUUCAUCAUUUAUCCUCUUUAUUACAUCGAACUAAUUUAAAUAGUUCUAGAGGAUAUGUUUCCCAAAAUUCUUCCACGUCAAGUUUACCUUCGUUGUUUUCGGAUCGUAUCCAACCAAACAUUAGAGGAACAAAUUCGCAACAUCCAAAUCAAAGAGAAAAUCGUUUUGGUCAACAAAGUGUUGGAUCCAAUAGAGAAAAUGGUCAUAAUUUCCCGUUUGGUGGUAGACAGAGAAAUUCACAUCAUUUGAAUAAAGGAGGAAAUCAUGGUCGUGGGGGUAAACAAAAUACUAGAAUGGGUAGAGAAGAUUUGAAUGCGUCCUCUUCAAGUAUACCCUCGUUAUUUAAUGAUGAUCAAAAUUUGCCAUCUGGUAAUAGGGGUAAAAGAGGUCCAAGAGGACGUUAUGAUAGAAGAAAUGAUGGAGGUGAUGGUCAAAGGCGUGAAAAUGAAAAUUCAGAGGGGAAAAGGCCGUUUAAAAGGAAAUUUCCUCUUGGAUUUAAGAAAUUAGAGGAAGUUUUAGCCGGAGAAAUCCCCGAAAACGUUUUAACGUUUUUAAACGAAAACUUUGAUGGUUUAUUAUUAUUAUUACAAGAGCCAGAUUUAAGUCCUGAUUAUAUAAGCUUAAUUUUACGGUCGGUUGUAAAAAUAGCGGAGAGUUAUUUCGAACCACUUAAAGUGAAGAUACUUCAUGAAGUCAUUGAAGAUAAUUUCAUAAAACAACUUAUAAAUUUUCUCACACAGCUUCAUUUAGCCGAAGAAAGAGAUAAGAGGCGCGCGAAGUAUUUUUGGUCAAAUCCCAACGAAUUUUUUUCGCAUUUAAAUAUAUUUUGCGAAACCGUUAUUAAAAUGAUUCCGUCUGAAGGUAAAGCUGUCCUUCCAAAACUUAUAAAAGCUGCUAUCUUCGUAAUACCAUACUUGAAUUUAAGCGCUGACAUUUUGGAACAAUAUGAAGAGUUACAAAUUUUUGUACUUAAUGAAAUUGAGAAAUUUCACAAGAAACACGAAAAGCUAAUAGUUAAAAAAGAUCAAAAUGAUCCUGAACCCCCGGAAGAUUUUCGUGAGAUCCCCGUUUAUCCAGAAGCCAUUGAAAUCACAACUCCUUUGAAACCGUUUUUACGCAAAAAUAUUGUUGAGGGUGGUUAUAAAAGUGUUGAACAUUAUUUGGAUGUCCAAUUUCGUUUGGUGAGAAACGAUUUUGUUAAACCUUUAAGAGAUGGUAUUUUGGCAUAUUUAGAUCCUGAAAAUACUAAAAGGCCUCAGAACAUUAAAGUUUAUAAUGGGGUAAAAUUUUUAAAAUCGGAAAUAUGUGCUAAUUCAGCUGAUAGCUAUUUAAUUCAGUUACCUCAACCGAAGAAAGUUCAAUUAAAACUGGAGAAUUCAAGGUUAUUUAUGUUUGGUUCGUUGGUUUGUUUUACCAAAGAUUAUUUUAAAACCCUCAUAUUCGGUCGAAUCGCCGAUAGGAAAAUAGAAUUAUUAAAAGCUAGUCAAUUGGUUGUUUCGCUUCAUUUCAACACUGAAUUGGUCGAUUUUGAGGGAGAAUAUCUUAUGAUCGAAAGUAAAGUUUAUUUUGAACCUUAUUAUCACGUGCUUACCGCUUUACAACAACUGGACGAAGAUGAUUUUCCAAUGAAAGAAUACAUUGUUGAUACGAAGGUAGAUGAUGGAGUUCCUGAGUAUUAUUUGGAGAAUACAAUUCAAACUCCUGGAAAAUACAAAAUGUUUAAGGCUAACACAUAUUGCAACCCCUUGUCCGUGAUUUUAUAUUCAUGUUGAGUUAAGCAGAGGUCGCUUGCGGCUGAGGCACUACAAAUGUUAAUACAAACAUUGGAGAACAUAUACAGGUGAGUUUUUUUUCAUGUUUAGUAUGGAGAUCUCGAAUACUGGCGGAGAUAGAGAGACGAUUAAAUAGGGAAAGAAUUGCAGUUUUAUAAACUCAAUUUAAUGAGCUUUCUGUUUUUUGGAUGAAAUGCAUGGCUUGAAAUCUCGAAAAAACCGUUUUUUUGUUAUUGCGUUCGAUACCUAUGGCUCUGUUAUUAUUGAUUUCAUUAAAAAUUUGUAGGGUAUUAGGGUAGAGAAACCAGGUAUGGCCACAUUUAGUACUCUUCACUUUUAAAAUUCGGUAUUUUAGUUAAAAAUUGGAAUACAUGCGAGAAAAAAAUCAAAAUAGUGUAUCUUAAGCUCUUGUUGCAUAUAGGCACCUUCCAUUUUAUUUGCGUAUCAAGUAUUUUAAAACACA